ACCACCACCACCGCCACCGCCACCACCGCCGCCGGCACCCCUGCCCACUGUUCCCCCGGCCCACCCUCCUGUUGGUGCAUCCCCACGUACCUGCACGCCCGAAAACCGGUCAAUGAGCGCUGUGCCCGGACAGGCAGCCCCGCUCGAAUGACUGGCCUUUUCGUGCCCUCCCCAUUCGUCGAUCAUGAGCCCUCCCGCCCCCUAAUCCCCUGCCAGCUGCCGCCGGCCAUCUCCUCAUUGCUGCACUUUCCGGUUGUCGUGACCCUGGUGACCGCACUCCUCUUUGCCGUGGUCAGCUUUGCCCUGCUGUCGAUCUUCCUCGAUGUGACCGACGAGGAGGCCGACCCGGCCUCCGAGGGCCCCUGUCCCCACCAUCCCCAUGCCGGUCACCGCUGUGACCACCGCCACCCCCAUCGCCACUGCUCUCGCCCGGCUGACGCGCGCUGCCCGACCCUGGUCGACGCCCGCGCGCCGGGCUGCUCCCGCCACCGUCGCUGUGCAUCAGCGCUGACAGGAGCGCGGCCGGUGACCGAGCCCCAUGCGACCGAUCUGACCGGGUCCGCUGGUGGCGGUGGCGGUGGCAGUGGCGGCGACCAUCAUCCCGGCGACUCGGCCGCCGAUGACCGGUGCUGUGCCGGCGACUGCUGCGACGGGGCCCACGAGCACGACCCGCAUGAUGCCCACUACUCCGACAACAUGGACGGCUAUACGGACGACGAGUACACCGACUCCGAUCAUGCCGAGGAGGGCGAGCACUGCCAUUCGAUCUCCGGCCCGGCGGCCGCCGGCCCCGCGGUCUUCCUGUCGGUGGAGUACAUCGGCCCGACGUUCAUUCUCCUCCAGUGCCGGCAACAGCUGGCCUCCGGCAGGCAGCCCGACGAGGCCCUCGCCCCGCCGCCCUUCGAUCUGGUGGCCGGCCGCCGGGCCGAGAUGCCGGCCCACUGCCCCGGCGCCGGGGCCUGUCAGGCUGGCCUGGUUGGGGUUUGCGCGAUCUCGGCUGCCCGGCCGGCGGCCCGGCCUGCUCCGACGGUCUUGGUCAAUGGCCUCGCAUUUGGCGAGGAUGCCGACAGGGCGCCCGGUGACGGCCCUCCCGGGGGGGGCCUCGACUCGACAGCCGUCUGGGCCCGGGGCUGCUCGGACCCCAGCCUGCCACCCCGGGGCCCCCCCUCGGUCAGCCUGGCUGGGGCCCUACCUCGCCCACUUGUGACCUUUUUCUACAGCGCCCACCAGCCGGGGGGCCGGCCGCUCGAUACUGCCGAUACUGUUGAUGCUGCGGACACUGCCGAUGCUGCCGAUGCCGCGGACGCUGCCGAUGCUGCCGAUGCCGCACGCCCCCAACUCAAGCUCCUGAUCUCCGGCCUUGUCCCCUGCAAAUCCUACAGCAUCGAGAUGAGCCUGUCCGGGCCCCUGCUCCCGAUGUCCGACCGGGUUCACGUCGUGACACCUGCCACCAAAGAGACCCCGCCCCCGGCUGAUUGUGCCCUGGUGGUGGCCCUGCUGGCCCAACACUUCCUGGGGGCACCGGCCCCGGAUGGGAACUUCGGCCAGGCACCAUGCAUGGCCAUGCAGUUGGAGGACGCCCCACCCGACCAGCAUACUCCAUCAUCACUCUCAUCGUCAACGGGGCUUACCGAGCCGGCUGCUCAGCUUCUUUCGGCCUUGGACCACUCGCUGCUGGACAAGCUGGCCCUCACGCGAGGACCGGCGCUCGAUGCCCGGACGGCCGAACUCCUGCGCAUCACGAUUGACCGCCUGGUUGCCGAGAUUGAGGAAGCGAAAUUGGCCAAGGCCGCCGCCGAAUCGGAGACCCGCCGACGCAAGCGCGAGAUGGCCCGUCUGGCUCGCAGCUCCCGGGCCAACCUCACUGUAGCCCAGUCCUCGCUCGAGCGUGAGGAGUCCAAGAUCAGGAAAGAGAGUCAGCGCGCCGAUGAGAUGGCCAACCUGAUCAAGCAUAUCGAGAAUCAACAGGAGACCGAACGCCUGGCCCUGGACGCUCGGAUUCUCGAACGGGAUGCCUUGCGCGGCCGGGUUCAACAACUCGAACAGAGUCACGACCGUGCUCUUGACGCUGCCCGGCAACUGGCCAAAACACUAGAGCAGCGUCUGAGCGACUCCAAGCGACUUUUGUCUGACCGCCUGACCGAACGCGAUGAACUUCGAACUCGGCAGCGCGAGCUGACCGCCGAAUUGGCCACCCUUCGGUCAGAGCUCCGCGAAGACCGAGCUCCUCUCGAGCCACCCGCCCCAACCGGGCCCGCGUACGCCCCUGGCCGGGUGCUUGCCUUGCUGGACACCAACACCGGUGUCCAGCUUGAGAGUCUAACAGCCCAUGUCCGGGCCUUGGUCGACUCGCCAGCCCGCCGGGACUGGCUCCAGGCCGUCCGGGCCCAGAUCUCAGAUCUUGAAUCCCGGCUCCCGGCGGCACAGGCACAUACCGAUGACUUGUCCCGGAAUACCGGCCCCGGGCGAACCACCUAUCAACAACGGUCCUCUCCGUCGGGUGCGGCCCCCGGCCCACGGCCCGGGGCAGAUGCCACCCAGGCGGCAUAUCCCUUCCGGCCGCGGGGGGCCUUCCCUCGACCGGGUGGACGCUGGCCCGGUGCUCAUCACACGCAGAAUGGGUCCCCCUCACCGCCGCCGCCGCCACUACCAACCACGCCGUCCGGCGCCGGAGUCACCACGACUGCAAUGACUCCGCCACCACCUCCCUCCCCCUCGCCGCCCCUGCCGGCGGAUCUCUCCGGCUCGCCUCGGCUUCGGGCCAGCAAACCUCGCCAAGGUGGUAUGGCUGACCUCUCGGCUGCCGGGCCUGCCCGCGGUCAGGGGCACUUCCCUGCGCAAACCAGCCCGGCCUUUUUCCCCUCGACAUCAAAGACAAGUCGUCGUGGCGCAUCGGGGCCCGGUGGAUCGCCGGCCACCCUGGGGCCUCCGCGGCCCCCAGCUCCCGUUGGCCGGCAUUCGGCGGCGGCUGCUUUCACCCCGCCCCUGCCUCCCCCUGGACCUUCGCUCACCCUCCCGCCGGGCCCCUCCACCCGGGCGCCCACUCUGUCAUACGCACGAGCUGCGGCCUCCACACAGUCGGGCGCCCGGCCGACGUGAGGCCGCCCCGGGGCGUUUCUCGCCGACCGGCCGCCCAUGUCGGAAUGCGUCGGCCGGAAGGCAGGGCCGAGCGGGGGGGAGGGGGGAGAAAGACAGGGAGAGGGCGGCGACUCGGGGUCAGAGGGUGGAAGUUGGCCUGCCGGCUGCUUGUGGUCCGUCAUUGCCCGGCUGUGUUGGGCCCUCGUCUGUCAGGGCAGCUCCCUGCAUGUGUUCCCCCAUUUGCAGGAUGCCACCCUGCUCGUAACUGUAUAUUAGCUUCGCUUUUCCCUUCCCCCUCUCGUCUCUUCUUCCCUAUAUCCCCAAAAGACCCUUCUAUCUGCCGGAAAAAAAAGAAAACAAAAAGAAAAAGCGCCUCCCGAUGCGCUCCACUGCAUCCGCGUGCUCGAUCGCUGGCGCCGAAUAUAGAUAAUCCCCCC